AGGGUUUACGUUAAGUAACCCAACACUAUAUAGCUACAUAUCGAAAUCUAUGCUUUAAACAAUGGAACCUGAACAAAUCAUUCUAAAGCCAACUGCGUGGGAGUAAGACCUAAAGUUAGUUUCGAUAUCGGUUUAGGCUGCAGAGGCGUUAUUUGCUUAGUGUUUACAUAUAAAAGGUCACAAAACGCUUCUCCACUACACGGAGUAGGUUACGAUUCAUGUUAUUGUUCUAAAGCGUUGUUAGGUUUAUAAUGCACGAUUUUUGGCGUAUCUACGGUAAAGAUAGGUAGCGCGAUCAAAAACUCGCCUACAUGUUUUUAAUGCGAAUUUAUUAAACGAAGUGAUGAUUGAUAGACUAUAUGAAAAACACUAUUUACUAAUAAAUAAAUAAAAAACAAGACAUGUAGUUUAGAAUAAAAAAAAUCAUUUUAAAGCCAACUGCGUGGGAGCAAGACCUAAAGUUAGUUUCGAUAUCGGUUUAGGCUUUGGUCACAAUUCUACCGUAAUUACGGUAGUAUUGCGCAUAACAUAUAAAACGUCGGUAGGCUUAACCGCGCUCAAUUCAGUACUUAGCCCGAGGUAGACAUGAACGUACUUUAAGUAGCUGUUAACUACAGUAGGAAGUACAGUACAGAAGUAGAGAAGAUGGAGGAAGGAAGAAGCAAUAAACGGAUCCUGGUUUAUGACUUUCGCAAUGAAAAGGAUUUUAAGAAGACGCUGAUUAAAACAAGUGGGUUGGACUAUAAUGACUUUCGUCAGGAACUGCAUAAGGAAUUUGCAAUCCCCUCAUAUGAAACAUUUGUGGUGAUGACAACUGACAGAACAGUCAUUGAUUUUGAUAAAUAUGGGAAGCUUCAGGAUGGCAUCACUCUGUACUUGCUGCAAAGGAAGGAGCAAGCACUGCCAGUGGCUGUGGAGGAAAAGAUCAAGUUUAUGCCUCAUUACGAUACGUUGAUCCGGGCUGGCUUGUAUGAGUACUAUGCUAGUGAGGGUCAGAAUCCUUUACCCUAUGCACUUGCUGAGCUGGUAGACAACUCUCUGUCAGCAACAGCUAAAAUCAAAGGAACAAGGACAAUAGAGAUAAGACUGAUGUUUGAUGAAAGUCUUGGGAAACCUGCAGUGAUUGUCUUGGAUAACGGCUGUGGAAUGACCCCUCAGCAGCUCAAUAACUGGGCAGUUUACAGACUCUCUAAAUUUACGAGAGAAAACAGCACAUUUGCUAGUCUUCAAGAGAAGUAUGUCCGGCCUGAACCGGUUCCUCGUAGUCUCAACAGUGAUAUAUCUUACUUUGGAGUUGGGGGAAAACAAGCUGCUUUCUACAUUGGAACCUCAACUAGGAUGAUCAGCAAAUCUGCAGGCUCCCCAGAUGUUCAUGAGCUGCUUCUGUCUAAAGAUGAUUUUGAGAGAAAAGAAAAGAACAAAGAGGACAUAUACAGCACCACCAUCAAGAACAGAAAGCUUUGUGACUCUUCCCAUGUGGAAAAAAAAGAUGAACGCUUUCUCCAUGGACUUAUUGCUGAGGAAAAGGGGAACGAAAGCUUCACAGCUGUGGUCAUUACAGGCGUUCAAGCUGAACAUGUAAAAUAUCUGACGCAAGACUUUAAGGAUUGGACCAGACGGCUGGCCCACAUCUAUCAUUAUUACAUACAUGGAGUCAAUGGAAAUUACAUAAGAAGUAGCCCCACGAACUCAGACCUCACUAAUAUUGACAUUCAGGUUACUUUAAGAGAAAAGUCUCCCAAAGUCCCUCGUGUCAUAAAUCUCACGGAAGUGGAAGACGACCUGCAGACUCUCUACAUAAAUACUGCUGCAGAAACGUUUGAGUUUAAGGCCUCCAUUGAAUCAGAUGGUGGCACAGUGGAGGGAAUCCUUCGAUAUCAUCCUUUUUUUGAUGAUAGAGAGACUUAUCCUAAAGAAUCAUCUUCACUUCAAGCAGCCGACAGUGAUGACGAAGAUGAUGUAGAUGAUGAGCCUGGGGCACGGGCAAGAGGAAAGAGGCCAGUGUUUGAAUGCUUCUGGAAUGGACGCCUCAUACCUUACACCAAAAUAGACAUUUUGGACUGGUGCACACGCCCCAAAGGAGGAGAUGUGCCUCCAGAGUGCUACAGCCGGUUUUCAGGGGUGCUUUUUACUGAUGACAGAUUUGAGGUCAGCACAAACAAACUCACAUUCACCGACCUGGAGCUGAAACUGAGAAAAAAGGGCACCAUCUUUACAUGUGUUGUUAAUGAAAAGAAACCACAAAGAGCUAACAUUCAGAGUAAGUUCACAGAGUGGCUUAAAAAAUGUCACACGAACUUUGACAAGCAAGUGAAAUUUUUGGGCUUCAAGGGUGUGUUAAGCCGAGAGGAUGUUCAGGUUAAGAAGAGACAGCAUCCUUGGUCAACGUUCACCAAAAUUGCAUGCGGCAACAACAUAUAUAAAGCUGGCCAGCUGAUAAAGUCUAAGAACACAUCGCCUGUUUACUGCGGUAAAGUGAUUCGGUUCUUGGUGUAUGGAGAGUACAAGGAAGGUGACUUUGCCACAGGUGGACAGGUUGAACUGGCUCUGGAACCCAAAGGACUUUAUGACAAGACCAAGAUCAUACCUAUUUCCAAGAUCGACACAUUGGCCACUAAUGACAGUAUCCAGAAGAACAUUGACAGUAACUCAGCCAAGCUUCCAGAUACGCUGAAGGUGGAGUGGCCCGAUGAAAACGCCUGGUCACAGAACGAUGUUCAUCCAGCUGGAGCUCAGUUAGGACCACUCAAAAUAGAAAUUCUGGACAAGAAGGGGGACAUUCUGACCAGCAUGCCAGCACUGGGGAAACCUGGAGGGAUAAAACUAAAUGUUAGGCUAGUAUUGUAUCAUGGACCUGUAGAGGUUGUCACUUUCACUGCCAGCCAUUUACAAAACCGGUCAUUCUGGUUCAAAAAAAAUGAGAAUCUGACUAAACUGGGGAAGUAUACACUGAUUCUAAACGCAGUGGUAAAUGACAAAACAAACUAUGGUGGAAGAGAACUUCCAAGCUACACCCUCGAUUUCUCCUUAGAAGCGAGUGCUGCACACAGUUUUGACAUUGAUGCACUAAGCCCUUCUUUUAAGGUAGGGGUGCCUUUCGACCUUCCUCUGAAAAUAAAAGACAUUUAUGGCAACGCAGCAAAACCUCCUCCCGAUGUCGAGCCUGUACUUAAAUCCAGUGAUCUGGUUGUCACAUACGAGUCAAUAAAGAACACAGAGAACUCGUUCAUUAUCAAAAAUGUCAGAGCAAGAGGAAGAAUCCAGCAAACAAAGACAUAUAACCUGAGUGUGACCCUGCCUGGUCUUAAAAGAGAGACCAAAACAGUGAAAUUUAGUCUUAAUCCUGGGCCUUCACAGUCCCUCCAUGUGACUCCAGAUGACAGCCCAAUCACUGUAGAGAACGGAAAUCCUGUCAGGUUUAAUGUUGAAAUUCACGAUGAGGCCGGAAACAUCACCGCUUGCCCUAAACACGUUGUUCACUGUCAGGGUAAUGGCCUUCCACCAGUUAAACUCGACUGCAGCAGAACGGGAGCUGCACAGCUAGAAACAAAACCCAUAAAGUUAACAAUUAUCAAUGGAGAACCGCAAAUGCUUGAAGUUCAACUAAACAUUCCUAGUCAGAAAGACAUAAAAACAGUCACGAGGGAGCUGAUGGUGGUUCCUAGCACCAGAGUGUCUGUGAUGAAGCUGUACAGUGAGAAUGAUGAGAAUCUGGUCCUCAGGAACAAUGAAAAGAUAGAGUGGCUGGCUGGAGGCUUGCUGGAGAACCUGGUCUAUAAACUGUACGAUGAGGCUGGAAGAGAAGUUCCUCUCACCUCUGAAAUCGCUUCCAUGAUCAAGGUCAACUGGACAGGAGAUUUAGUUUUGGAAGAUUUGCUCGUGGGGAAGCUGCCUGAUUUGCAGGUUCACAAGCAGGUGGAGGAAGAACGUUUCUACCAGGUGUCAUACCAAGACCAGAGCGUGUCUGUCUCCUUUACUAUAACGCCACGACCUGAUGAACCAGCACGGCUAAAAGCAACUAUUCCCCAAAACGGAGUAAAGCUUGGUGAAACCCUGUCUACAAAUAUCAACUUGGAGCUUGUGGAUCAGUAUGGUAAUGCAACAAAGACACUGGACUCAACUUGUGUAAACAGCAUGACUGUGAAAGCGGAGGAUCUGGACCAAUCAGCCGUCACCUUUAUAUGGCAGGAGAGCACUCGCUCUGUCCAUGUGGCUGGAGUGUGUUUCAAGGGUGGGACUCCUGGUCCCAGAGAGCUGUGCUUCACCUAUGCCAGCUAUGUGGACUCUGCCAUAGUCACAGUGAUGGCUGGAGAUCCUGCAGAGCUUAAACUAGUCAGCGGGCCAGAUCAGCCUUUGCAGGUGAUAAAUGACCACGGCAUCCCUAAACCUUUCUUGGUCCAACUGGUCGACAAGUGGGGGAACCCGUCAUCAGACCAGAGGGUUGUAGUGAAAGUGAAGCUGUCACCUCCAACACUAAAGGUAACAACAACUGUGACUUCACAGCCGGUGGAUACAGAAGGAAAAGCCUCCUUCACUGUAACUAGUGUGAGCGGAACAAAGGGGUACUAUCAGCUGAACUUCACAGGUUCACUCAACAUGAAACCGGUUCCUGGUCCAUCAGUGAAUCUCAUUGUCUUACCCAAUCCCAAGAAAGCUGUGAGUCUGUCAGUGGAGUACGACACCGGUGCCACGUUUCCUGCUGGAGGCAACUUCACAUUGUUCUCAGUGACCGUGGUGUCUGAUGAAGGUGCUCCAAUGACUACAUUUAGCCCUGCUGCUGUUUCCAUGCGGAUUUGGAGUGGAGUGUCUUCAGAAGGACCUCUACUCUUUGAAUUCAAAUGUAACAAGCCCCUGGAGAAUGAGAGGAAAGACUGUUUUCACUUCAGAGAUAAAGAGGUUCCAGAACAAGUUGGAAAGUACUCCAUCAAAUUCCAUCUUAAUAAUAAUACAACAGUUUUAGAAAGUAAACAGAUUAUUAUCAAUGUGGUGGCCAAUCAGCCUGUCAGACUGGGACCUGACUCCAAUCCACAACAUCCUGUUGUUUCCUUCAGUAAGGACAUUGCAAACCGAACCUUGGUACAGAAUAUGACUCUGAGGAUAAUGGAUGCUUAUGGAAACCCAGCAGGGCAGGACCUGGAUGGGACUGUGGUUGUUUCUAUUAAGAACUACAAUGGUGAAAGUGAAAAGAACCUUCUGUUUGAAGACAGGAGUAACACACAGUGUCUUAAACUGGAAGAGGGGAAGGUCCAUAUCCCUAGGCUGGCCAUCAUGGAGGAUUGCCCUGGGGAGGAUGGCAGAGCAUACACCCUCCUCUUCAAACCUGAAGUGCCAGUGGUUUCCCAGGCUCUGGAACCUUUUGAGCUGCCUUUUCAUUUUUACAACGAUGAAGCUAAUCAAAUGAAAAUGUGUGAGCUGUCUAAGAAGAAGGAGGAGCUCACUUCUGCUGUCUCUAAAUAUUCAGGCUUCUUUAAUGAAAGUGAACAACUCCUCCAACUGCUCACAGCGAGACAGAAUGAGGCAAAUAGAAAAAUGUCUGGAAUUAAACAAGUCCUGGACACAAAGAAAAUGAAAAUAGCUCAAGCUUCCAGUAUCAGAGAUAUCGACAGAUUCAUAAACGAGAAGAGGGCGGAAGCUGAAAGAAUUCUGCAAAUGUCUCGACGAACCUUUUCUGUUUCUGACCCCUUCAGGGGGCAGCAGGGUGUGCUAGGAAUGGUUGGGCGUCUGGCCUACGUGGAGGAUGAUGCUGCUGCACACAUGAUCUCCUGGAACCUUAGAGGUUACAUGGAUUGUGUCAUCACCACAACUACUGAAUCAGCAAUGCGAAUUCAUAGAGACACUCAAGGCAGGCAGAAGGUUAUGGCCCUGGAAAGCAUAUUUGUGCAUCAAGGCUCCAGGCCGCUGCCACACAUCAGGAACCACUGUAAUGUCUUUGAUCCCCCUGGGAACCCCGUGUUUGCCAGAGAGCUUCUGAUUUUCCCUCACUACACACAGGAGUGUGACAUUGUGUUUAAAAAUAUUCUUGGUGACACUAUUCUGAUCGACGACCUGGCGUCUGCAAACCAGUACAGAAAGCAGGUUGUGCAGAACAAGACACCGUGCCCCACCAUACUGACCAGGCAAGGGGACCUGGUCAGCGCUAAGGGAAUGUUUGGAGGUUCACAGAACAAAGCUCCACCGAUCCACACAUUACAAGUGUUUGGAUCCCCUCCUCCACAGAAUUACUACGCUGUUAUAGAGCAAAUAGACCUGGCAUAUCAGUACCAGGUGGCUAUGGAGAAGCAUUUGAAGGCAGCAAAGGAGUAUGAAGAACAUGUAACAGUGAUGAAUUCUCCUGAUACGCUGAAAAAGAAGGAAGAUAUGGAGGCGAAAAGGAGACAACUGGAGAUGAUUGAGGGCCAACUUGCUUCUACUCCUGAAAGACGAGGAAAACGAGAGUGUCAGGAUCCUGGGGAGCCUUCUGGCAUUGACACAAAAAGGCAGAGACGCACAUAACUUAAAACACUAAUCUAGUCUGCACAUAUGAAAUACAUACUUGGACACGCCUUUUCUUUUUAAAAUGUGGGCCAGAACAUUAGAACCUCCUAUCUGUUGGUGGCAAGAGAAUGUAGGAACACUUUAAACCUCUGUAGUGGAAAUUAACUUAUCACUUCACUUCUUACUGUGUGGUUUGUUUAUGAUAAUGAUUAUGAUGAAUAUUGAUUACUGACUAAUACAGAUCUCUGAAAUGUAACUGGUUUUAAAACUGUCUCACCUUUUGAUGAAAACUUGAGGUUUCACGGAAGUAAAAUUGUAAUGAAAUGAUUGCGACUUGUAUUUUCGUCUUCCGUUUUAAUCUCAAGAUGGACAAACAGGAAAAUGAGUUAAAAUCCAAUUCUUUGUGUAGGUUUAAAAAAACUAUUUUCGGAUUAUUGGUUUUUGACACAGUGCUUUAAUUAAAUUUAUUGUUGAUG